AUGGAAACAUUCGCGAGAAUAGUGCGUUGCAGACGGAUGAUGCUCCUUUAUCUACUGCUUCUAUGGCACACAACCGAGGCGCAGAUUCGUUACACCAUUCCAGAGGAAUUAAAAGCGCAUUCAGUCGUUGGAAAUAUCGCCAAAGAUCUUGGUUUGGGAGUCUCUGAAAUUUCACAUCGUAUGUUGCGGAUUGCUUCCGAGUCUGGUAAGGAGUAUUUCAGUGUGGAUUUGGAAAAGGGCGAGCUACUCGUAAAAGAAAGAAUUGACAGAGAAAUUUUGUGUGCGCAGAGCGUCAGCUGCAUUCUUCCUUUGGAAGCAAUUACAGAAAAUCCCUUACAACUGCAUCGUGUCGAAAUCCAAAUACUUGACAUAAAUGACAAUGCUCCAGUGUUCCAAAACAAUGAAAAUAUUUUAAACGUGGCUGAAUCCACUGCACCUGGGGCGAGAUUUCGUUUGGAAUCUGCACAAGACUCAGACGUCGGCUCAAAUUCUUUGCGCACGUAUACACUAAGCAAAAAUGAACAUUUUGUGCUGGAUGUAAAAACAGAAAAGGAUGGGAAUAAAAUUCCAGAGCUAGUGUUAGAGAAGUCCCUGGACAGGGAGAGACAGCCACAACACCGCCUCCUUUUAACGGCAAUAGAUGGUGGAAAUCCUGCAAGAUCAGGGACAACAGAGAUCAAUGUUAAAGUGCUUGACAAUAAUGACAAUGCACCGGUUUGUGAAAAGGCGUCCUAUGACAUACAACUAGAAGAAAACACAACGAGAGGACUAGUUGUUGUUACCAUCAGGGCUGUAGACCCAGAUGAAGGCGCUAACCGUGAAAUACGGUAUUCCUUUGGACCUCACACACAAGAAAUAUUACAGAAUCUAUUUUCUAUUGACGCUGUCACAGGCGAAAUAAAAGUAACUGAUGAAAUAGAUUAUGAAGCGAGUAGUUCGUUUAAAUUCGAUGUUCUUGCUACAGACACAGGUACGCCUCCAAUGCAAGGCAUAUGUAGUGUCCAUUUAGAUAUUUUAGAUGUAAAUGACAAUAAACCAGAAAUCGUAUUAAAAUCUUUACCCAGGCCAGUGCGCGAAGACGCUCCUGUUGGAACUGUCGUGGCUUUAAUAAGUGCCAAAGACUUAGACACCGGAGACAACGGGAACGUUGAGCUGAGUUUACAAUCAGAUUUACCUUUUACUUUAAAGCAAACAGUUUCAAAUCAUUACGCUCUGGUCACAGACAAAACACUUGAUCGAGAGCAACACUCUGCAUAUACUGUACAGAUAAUGGCGGCUGACUCCGGCUCCCCGCGUCUAACGUCUGAAAAGCAGAUUAUUGUUGAUAUUUUAGAUGUCAAUGACAACCCCCCUCGCUUCACUCAACAGUUAUAUACAGUUUAUGUCAAAGAAAACCGUGUCCCUGGAUCAAUACUAUGUUCAGUAUCCGCCUCUGAUCCAGACACAGGAGACAAUGCAAAAAUAUCCUAUUCUAUUUUGGAAUCCAAAUUUCAAGAUGUAUCUGUAUCUUCAUAUAUUUACAUAAACUCGGAUAACGGAAGCGUUUUCAGUAUGCACUCAUUUGACUAUGAAAAAUCGAAGAUUUUUCGGUUCCAAGUGGAGGCAAAAGACCACGGCUCUCCAUCACUUAGCAGCAACGCAACUGUUCAUGUUUUUAUUCUGGAUCAGAACGACAAUGCCCCUGCUGUCAUUUACCCAUCUGCAGUCAUGGGCUCUGUCUCUCAUCAGAGGAUGUCCCGGACUGCUAAAGCAGGACACCUCGUUACUAAGGUUACGGCAGUGGACGCUGACUCGGGUCACAACGCUUGGAUGUUCUAUAGACUUGUGGAGGCUACAGACAUGUCUCUGUUCAGUAUAAAUUUGCAUACCGGAGAGGUGAGGACUAAAAGAGCUGUUUACGAGCAGGAUGAGUCUUCUCAGAGAAUAGUAGUAGAGAUAAAAGACAAUGGAGAUACAGCUCAGUCAAGUACAGUCACUGUGGACAUAUUGCUGGAAGACGGGAUUCACGAGCCCAUUGCAGACAUUCGGCAGAAAGCUGCAGAAACCACAAAAGACACUGCAAUCACUUUCUACUUGAUCAUUGCUUUAGCGUCUGUGUCGGUCUUAUCUUUGUUUACAUUUGUUAUUUUACUAGUGAAGUGUGCUAAGAGCAGCAGGGGGAGGACGAGUUGUUGUAUCAGACGAUCUGAUUCCGAUGAUUACAAAAAUCCCAACAGAAACCUUCAGAUACAGCUUAACACCGACGGACCUAUAAAAUACGUGGAGGUCUUAGGAGGUGACAUGUUGUCUCAGAGUCAGUCCUUCGGGUCCUGUCUCUCUCCAUUGUCAGAAUUCAGUGACUUCACCCUAGUUAAACCCAGUAGUACUCUUGACUUUAAGGAGAUAAACGUGCUUGAUGCGUCGUUACCAGACAGCGCUUGGACGUUUGAGAGCCAGCAGGUGAGAAGUUGAAAAAGAUUUCUUUUUCUAAAUUACAAAGUUUUGUCUAAGUGCACAUUUGUGGAAAUGGAAACACUAAUUCCGAAAAGACGAUUUCAAUGGAAAGCGCUGGGAUUUCUGUGUCUCCUUUGGAAUACAAUAGAUGCGCAGAUUCGUUACUCCAUAUCCGAGGAACUAAAAGUGGGUUCCGUGGUUGGGAAUAUUGCAAAAGAUCUGGGUUUGGGACUGGCUGACAUUUCUGAUCGUAAAUUGCAAAUAGCUACAGACUAUGGUAAGCAGUAUUUCGGCGUUGAUUUAAGAAGGGGAGAUCUUAUGAUCGCUGAGAGAAUAGACAGGGAACAUAUAUGCGGAUCAAGUACAAGCUGUAUUCUAACUUUGGAGACCAUCAUUGAAAAUCCAUUACAGAUGCAUCGUGUUGAAAUUGACAUACAGGAUAUUAAUGAUAACGCUCCAGUCUUUCCGAAUAAUCAUAUAGUACUUAAUGUGGAGGAGUCGAAAAUACCAGGAGCAAGACUACGUUUAGAAUCUGCAAAAGAUCUUGACAUAGCGUCCAACUCUUUGCAUUCUUAUUUACUUAGUAAAAACGAAUAUUUUGUUUUGAACGUAAAAACUAGUAAAGAUGGAACCAAAGUCCCUGAGCUAGUUCUAGAAAAAGCAUUAGAUCGAGAGAAACAGUCAUCUCACAGUUUAUUAUUGACCGCGGUAGAUGGUGGAAAUCCUGCAAAAUCUGGCACGACAGAGAUCACGAUUCAGGUCCAAGAUAGUAACGAUAAUAUACCUGUAUUUGAAACGUCUUCUUACGAUGUGAAACUGGCAGAAAACACUCCGCAUGGAACAGUGGUUUUGACUGUGAGAGCUGUAGAUGCUGACGAUGCUGAAAAUGGCCAGGUAGUGUAUUCCUUUGAUACAAACACCCCCGAAAUUAUUAAAAAUGUGUUCUCUAUUGAUUCAGAGAGGGGCGCAAUUACGGUCAAAGGUGAUUUAGAUUUUGAAUCGAACAAAUUGUUCAGAUUUGAUGUUCUUGCUUCAGACAAAGGCACUCCGUCUUUAGAUGGUCUAUGCAGUGUAGAGGUCGAACUAGUGGAUGUGAAUGACAAUGUCCCAGAAAUUCUUUUGAAAUCUCUCCCAAAACCGGUGAGGGAAGACGCAGCGCUUGGCACUGUUGUUGCUUUAAUUGGCGCGAAAGACAGUGAUUCUGGAGACAAUGGAAAAGUUCACUUAAGCAUACCGUCAGAUUUACCAUUCAUACUGAAGCCUUCAUUUUCCAAUUAUUUUGAAUUGGUCACCGACUCAUAUUUAGAUCGCGAGACAUUUCCAACAUAUGACAUUGAGAUUACGGCAAAGGAUUCUGGAUCCACACCGCUUGAGUCGAAAAUUGUAAUAACGGUAGAUGUCAUGGAUGUUAAUGACAAUCCUCCUAUAUUUUCACAAUAUCUGUACACGAUGUACAUCAAAGAAAACAACGUCCCCGGGUCAAUAUUAUGCUCGGUGACAGCAACUGACCCAGAUCUGGGGGAAAACGCAAAACUCUCCUACUCUCUUUUGGGCUCAAAGAUUCAAGAUGGCUUCACAUCGUCUUCUGUUUACAUCAACUCAGAGAAUGGAACCGUUUUCAGCAUGCAUUCGUUUGACUACGAGAAAAUAAAGAUGUUUAAGUUUCAGGUGCAGGCGAAAGACCAUGGGUCUCCGUCACUUAGCAGCAACGCAACUGUUCAUGUUUUUAUUCUGGAUCAGAACGACAAUGCCCCUGCUGUCAUUUAUCCAUCUGCAGUCAUGGGCUCUGUCUCUCAUCAGAGAAUGCCCAGGUCCGCUAAAGCAGGACACCUCGUUACUAAGGUAACGGCAGUGGACGCUGACUCAGGUCACAACGCCUGGAUGUUCUAUAGACUUGUGGAGGCUACGGACAUGUCUUUGUUUAGUGUAAAUCUACAUACAGGUCAAAUAAGGACUAAACGGUCGUUUUCCGAGGAGGAUGACUCCUCUCAAAGAUUGUUAAUAGAGAUAAAGGACAACGGACAGCCAGUCCAGUCCAGCACAGCCACUGUUGAUAUACUCUUAGAAGAAGGGCUUCACGAACCCAUUGCAGACGUUCAGCAGAGAAAUGCAGACACCAAAAAAGGCACUAAAAUCACACUCUACUUGAUUAUCUCUCUGACGUCCGUAUCCGUGUUGUCUGUGUUGACAUUUGUCAUUUUGCUAAUUAAAUGUGCUAAAAGUAGCAAGGGAAGGACAAGUUGUUGUAUCAGAAGAUCUGAUUCAGAUGAAUACAAAAACCCCAACAGAAAUCUCCAGAUCCAACUCAACACGGACGGGCCUAUAAAGUACGUGGAGGUCUUAGGAGGUGACAUGUUGUCUCAAAGUCAAUCCUUCGGAUCUUGUCUCUCUCCACUGUCAGAAUUCAGUGACUUUACCCUCGUUAAACCCAGCAGCACAAUAGAUUUUAAAGAGUUAAACGUUCUUGAUGCGUCUUUACCAGACAACGCCUGGACAUUCGAGAGUCAGCAGGUGAGACAAACGAUUUAA